CGCUGACCUCUGAACUGGACUAGGAGUGCAGUCACGAUCCUGCACGUAAACAACCGUGCACCGGGCCACCGGCAUAAAAGGACAGUCCUUAUUCACUCGCGUCUAGUGUAGCUAUCUACUUGUGCACAGUUUGUUCCUGACAAGGCGAUAGAUCAACCAUUGAAAUGGACCUGGAGGUUUUACCGAGCGGGCUAAAGACAGUUGUCUCAGAGAAGGGAGGACUGGAAGUGAGGAUAUACUACCUCGAAUGUCUGGCUCAAGCCACCUACAUCAUCUCCCACGAGGGAGCUGCCUUCAUUGUGGACCCAAGGAGAGAUGUUGACGUGUAUAUCAAGGAUUUGGCAGAGCAUAAGUUGAAACUGAAAGGGAUUUUGGAGACCCACUUCCAUGCAGACUUUGUUUCAGGUCACUGUGAGUUGGCCAGGAGAACAGGAGCAACCAUAUACUUUGGACCUGGAGCUGCCAGUAGAACACAGUUUACCAUCCACGAGAUGAAGGAUGGAGAGGUGAUAGAGUUAUCAUCUCGCUAUGCUAUAAGAGCAAUACACACCCCAGGCCACACCCCCGAGUCAGUCGUAUAUCUCAUACAGGAGGGAGAUAAACCACUCAAGGCCUUCACGGGAGACACACUGAUGAUAGGGUCGUGCGGUCGUCCGGAUCUGGUGGGGUCAAUAGGUCACACUGCUGACCAAAUGGCUCGUCUGAUGUACAACUCUCUGUGGAAGAAACUGGCCGUCUUACCAGACAGUGUUCAGAUAUUCCCAGCACACGGGGCUGGAUCUCCAUGUGGUAAAAACCUCGGCUCUGCUCUCUACUGUACCAUUGGAACACAGAAACUCACCAACCCUGCAUUCCACUACCAGAACGAAGAUGAGUUUGUGGAGUUUUUGACUGCAGACCAGCCAGUGGCUCCUCAGUACUUCCCUCACACUGCCACCAAGAACUGGGUGGGAGUGGAAGAUGUAGCAGAGGAGCUGUCCAGAGUCCCGUAUCUCUCACCAGCCGAGUUCCACAACCUCCUGGGUUCUGGUAGAGAAUACACCGUCAUUGACACCAGAAAGCCGAAGGAUUUCUUUGCUGGUCACAUUGCUGGUUCUCUGAGUUUCUCUCUCGGAGGAGCCGGAGGAGCUGUGGUGGGGGCUGAGGAUGGAAACUUUGCCAUCUGGGUUGGAACAUUGGUGUCCAGUUCAGCUGAGUUGCUGAUAGUAGCAGAGAGUGGUAGGGAGGGAGAGACACUGCAGAGACUCUCCAGGAUUGCCUUUACCAAUGUGAAGGGGGUACUGAAGGGGGGAAUUGAUGCCUACAAAGAUGCUGGAUUCGCACUCGAGUUCUUUCAACGAAUUGAUCUGAGAGAGCCAGAGACAUCACUAGAGAGCCUGCUUGCUUCAGGUCACAGACUCAUUGAUGUCAGAACUGAGACUGAAUAUAAUGGAAACACUGCUACUUCUGCCACUAACAUGCCUCUGGCCACUCUACCCACACAACUAGACAAGCUGGAUAGGUCUGUGGACUAUGUGGCAUUCUGUGUGUCGGGCUACAGGUCAGCCAUAGCAACGUCACUGCUGAGAAAGGCAGGUUUCAGGGUUCGAGACAUCUUUGGUGGAUUUGCAGCCAUCAACUGGACUGCACCAUCUCACACCACCUCCGGAGCAGUGUGUCCACGAAUGAAAGAGAUAGCAGACUCUCUGUUUAAGUAGUAUGCAAGAUCACAUGACUCUAUACUGUAUAAUAUUGUUCAUGAUGUUAAAACGUUUCAGGUAUUUAUGUUACACAAUUUUGUUAAAUUCAUCAUCAGUUGGGGCAGGAAUCUUGGUGCAAUAGUAAUCAGUUAACAGAAAUAGCCUGUUGCAAUAGACGUCUCUGUUUCAUGCUGAUAUUACACUGUUCCUGAAAUGUUUUGUGGAAUGCACGACGAAAAUAUUCAGCCAAGGC